CUAAAAAUGUCAGGUACCAAAAUUCACGGCACUGAAAGUUAACAAAGCGUGCAGUGGACGGUGGAUGACGACCUUGUUUUCCUUAUCCUCUCCACCUGCUCAAAACCCCGCCUAAAACGCUGCCAGCGUCCCCCAGAAUUUCACGUGAGGACCAGGGGUGAUUAGUCCUUCGGAAAUGAAAUCAAUAGCGACCAAGAGAGACGCAUCUGGUAGGAAUUAACAGCCGGGAAAGCAGACAAUCCCGUCAGCGUGUUGAUUGGCGGAUGCGCAGUGAGCGAAGCGGCCGAGAUGCGAGGCUAGCGCAGAGGGCGUUGAAGCUCACUUAAUGCUAGGCAGUAACGAACGCUGCUGCAGUGGAUCUGCCUCUAAUUAACCACGACGGGAUUAAAUACAUCCUUCAAACUCUCAGGGUUCGUCGAUUGCUGAUAAACGCAGUUUUCACAAUCGCAGAAAAGCUAGGACUGGGAAUAUCCCUUUGGUUUCGUUGAUCUUGAAAAUUCACUGACCAGGGGAAGAAGUCGAGUGAAUCGCGCGGGUGUUGGGGUCGCCCACUGUAAUGUGAUCGCCAGUGAAAUACUUGCCGAUGAUGUCAGAGGAGUGAGAAGGUUGGGGGCACCGACAUUAACGGAUUUAGUGUUCUAUAGUCAUACUGCUGGAUCCGCACAUUACAUAUUUAUGUUAGCUAUAUUCAGUAGAUAGGUCUACAUCAGCAGAAUGCAGGCUUCAUGAACAAGACAGGAUACUGAGAGAGAAGAAAAGAAAAAAUUACAUAUUUGAAUCAUCAACUUGCUGCUAGUGUGCGGAAUAUUCACUCGAGAAUACCUUCUAGCGGUGCAUACAGGGGUACGUUGAAAAAGUUGCAAUAUCAUUGAAGAAAAGGGCGUUUUUAGACGAGAAAAGCAAGCCUCUUAUUACCUAAGCAGACGAAGAUCAAUUUUUGUCAAUGUUUGACACGCCAGAGUGCAGAAAAAGAGGGAUACGGAAUUAGAAUUGUGAUCGAUAUCAAAUUCCUUUUCGGGUGUAUGGACUAACAAAGAGAUGUGCAACCGUUACAGGAAAACUAUGAUGUUAUGAUCAAUUCUAAACUUUGCCAGGAAAGAUAAGCAGACUGUUAUUCAGAAACACCGAACGUUGCCUUUUGUCAGUGUUGGAAACCGCUGCGGAGUAAAAUUCCAACGUUAUCUACCAAGGGCUUCUAUUGAUUGUUGGAGUUAAAGGAAAGCAGUGCGUUUUGGGAGAUAGAAAGCUGGCAAUCUUGGGCAAGGCGCCAUCUCAGCACGUAGUUGAAGCAAAAGGAAAAGACAGGAAUUUUUCUCCACACACUCUUUCUUAUAAAAUACGUCUGACGUCGCUGUCGUCAUAUUUCCUGCCACAGAUUUAGCGGCCUUGUGGAAAAGGUAUCUCAGUAUAUAUUGUGCAUAUAACUACUCUCCACAUCGGACAUGGCUUCCAACACGUGGGACGGUCUAAGUUUUUGUAAUUUAUCCAUAGAACAGGCGUCAGUGAACGGCUUCGCCACCAUCAAGAACGCGCAGACGGGGAAAACGGAUUAUGCCUUUAUCGUGGAGGUUCGCUGGUCUGAUGAGAGGACACGAUUCAUCAAACGGACUUUCUCGGAUUUUCUUAACCUGCAGUAUAAACUUUUGAAAUGCUGUGGCAAUGAACUGAAGGCUGUCGUUGUAGCCAAGAAGCUGGCCCUGCUGUCAGGAAGAAAAUCAAUGUUUCAAAGGAACGACAGUAAACUGGCUGAGGGCAGAGAGCCUCAACUGAAUCGUUUUGUCAGACAAAUAUCCUCUCUCCCUACACAGGUAUCACAGAGCCCUCUAGUCUUAUCCUUCUUCGAAUCACGAACCACGGACCCCAAGCCCUUCAAACACGACUCCUCUCUCCAUGACAACCAGCAUGACGACGAUGAUGACGUGGACUACCUCAACGGUAACCAUGACGACGAUGACGACACGGAUUUCUUCAUAGACAUGACGGACCUCAUGCUGACUGAGGACGUGGACUGGAACAUGGCGCUGCAGCCUAACAGCCCCUCGAGCAGUAACGCAAUAUGGGGCUCGUAUCUUGACCGCUGUCCGAAAUUGCUCAGUAGCAGCAUGAACGACCUGACGAUUGACCCUUUCACUUAUACAGAAUUCGCGGAGACUUUGAGUGAGCAGGAGGAAGGAGUGAGUGACACAGAGAACGACAGUGGUGUGCAGGAAGACACCUUGACGGAGUCCUCGACAAGCAGUUCCUUAGACUCCAUCAGCAGUUCCAGCAGCGUCAACAGCAGCUCGUGACGUCAUGACAGCAGAUUGUGACGUCAUGACAGGGGCACGUUAAAAGUCGACUUUUCUCACGAAGUCGGCCGAAUUUUGUCGGGUUCAGUCGUCUUUAGACGCUACUGAGAUAACGCAGAAGUGACCUUAGUGGAUUUCGUAAUAAGUCAGGUUUGGCACAGCCAACAUAUAACACUGCAAUAUAAUUUCAGUGUAUGAGAUUCAAUCAACCAACAAUUGACAUGAUGAGUUGGAUGAAUUCCUACAGUUGCCAAAAUAUCUCAUGGGAGAAAACUGCUGUUUAAUCUGACUGUUAGAAACCAAGCUGACGUUUUAAACACACCCGAAGAACUGCUUUAAGAGACACUGCUGGUCAGUGAGAUGACGCUUUGGGUGUGUGUGGGGAGUCAUGGCGGAACGUGGAGAUUUGCAUUAGGAUAACAUAAUGUGAAACUGAGCAAUUGUUUUAUAUGCGGACAUUCAUGACACUGAAAAGAUCCUUUACAAGACAUUAUUUCGAAAACAAGUGCAACAAUAAUAUUUAAAAGAUGUGCAAUGAAGACAUUACCAAAAGCAUUAGGAUUGUGAUUACUGUCUUCCUGUAAUAACAUAUUAACAAAUGGGUUCUUCCUACCACUUUGUCUUCCGUUAGACCUACCUGUAUAUAAUGGGGUCUAAAAAUACUCUCUGACUGACAAAACACUGUGUCCAGCCAUUUUCUGGAAUUGCAUUAGUUAAAGUAUAGCCGCCUUCCCUAAACCAGGAUGUAACUGUACAAAGGUUAUAACAAAUUCUGGAAACCGGAAGUCAUCUUGCAGGCGUUUCAACCAGAUUCAGGAGACGCGCCAGGACAAAGAAGUCGUAACGUUGACUUUAAGUGGUGCAAAAGUAAUAAUUGUUUCUUUUUAAUUUGAGAAUAAUGUAAAUAUUUUAUUCCUAGAAUUGAUACUCUGUCUUCCAUCUCGAACUCCUUGACAUUAUAUUUGGCUUCUAGAACAAAAUGUCCAAGGAUUUCCCAUUUCUCUUUCUGGUUCUGAUUCUGUACGGAAUCGUACGAGAUAAGCCGAGUGCUUUGCUUCCAUUCUUUAUCAAAUGAGGCAAAACAAUGCGUAAAUAUUAGAUAGUCGCUGGCAGCGUGUUUUGGUGUUUUGACUGAUCCAUACAAUGUGGAAAUUUUAAUAAUUCUGGUAUAGAGACGUUCUCGGCUCCAUUUUGAAUUGCUCUGUAUGUACAUGCACCUUGGGCUUUUAUUUACGAAGAAUAAGUGUUGUCUCUAACUGAAUUGUAAUUUCCUUAAUCGUGUUUCAUAUAUGUCGUAUCGUAUGUAGGGAUCGAAUAUCUUCAUACCAAAUGGUAUUAGAGGUUUUCUUGUGAUCUAGAUCAGAACAAAACAUCUACCGUAUAAAGGAGGCGGGCCAUAUUGGAACAAGUGAAUGAUUUACCAUUGUGUUAAGUGUUUUAUAUACGGUAGACUACUAACAGCAUCCAUCAGGCUAGAACUGACUUGUAUCGAUAUGUUAUAAGAUAUAUUAACACUGGUCAAGCUCGUUGGUCAAGAUAUUUAGACACUGACCAUGCCCAUGACAUUGGUCACGCAAUGUAUAAUUUGACCAUCACAAGUGCACCAUUGAUAAAUGUCCAGAGGUCAUUUGUAAGGUAUUUUGAUGGCUAAUCAGGGCAUCUAAAACACUGUGUGUUCAGUUCCGUGUACUUCACGACUCAAUCUUUAAUGGCCCAUGUGUGUUGAAGUACCGAUACUUAUCACAUUAGGGCUGUCACUUUUAUAUCCACACCCAGAAAUUACUCCCAAGAAUUUUCGACCAACCCGUCGGACUUUUAUAACACUUUGGUUAUAUAAAAGCUAAUCUACGUACGUGAAUUUAACAAGGACUAAGUGCUUCUAGUACAGUGUGCUCAUCAGCCAAAUUCAAUUACUAACAUGUUUAGGUUUUACUUAAUGGUAAUUUCUAAAUGUUUGGUACCUUUGGCGUCCAUUGAUGUAAAUUUGCAUUGGAAUCUUAUAUUAAAUCAAGCAGAAGAGCCUAACACAUAUUAAAGGAGCAUGUUUUAUGUGUAUAUCAGUUCACUAUGUUUUGUUUAUAGUUGAGACAACUGCAAUACUUUCUCCAAAGGACUAUAUUGAUGUUUUUAUUCAUCGUUCCAAGUUGUUCUUCUGUUUGGUAUAUUAAUCAUUAGCGUGAAUGUGACUUUUAAGUUAAGUUUUUAAAAAAGUUUGAGUGAAAACUAUGGGAAAUAAUGAUUAAGGAUACGAAGAGUUCUUGAAAAUUAUAAACUUGUGUGUAAAAUCAUUCAGAUAGGAUGUGCAAGUAUUCUGUGGCAGAUAGUGAGAAUGGGGUGUUGUACGUGAUUUGUACGUCUUAAGUCAUUUUGUUUCUUACUGCUGUUGAUCGUGUGUUAUUGUUAUUAAAUAUAUACAUCGUCACUUUAUCAUAUUACACAAAACUCAUGUUGAAUCUACUUGAAUGUUUUAAUAAAAAAGGAGAUCAUUUAUGGUGUUCAGUUUGUCAAUUGCCGGGAAAUUCCUUUGAUCUCCAGUCUUAAUUUAGACAAUACAUUUCGAUUAAAUUUGGCCUUACAACUUAAACUGAAACACCAUAAGGAAACAUGGUGUAAAUACUUAGAUUAUUUAGAUCAUAUAUGUUAAGAAAUAAAAACAA